GGAGAAUGUGCUGCGUGCUUGAUGCCUCGAAGCUUCAGUGCCAUUAAAAACACUACAUCUAUUUGGCUGGAAUCUAUAGCAAUAUGAAGAGCACUGUCAAAUUCUUUCAGGUUGUACUACUAAUGUGCGGUGUGUUUGGUGCUGAUGAAGAUGAAGUGAAGUCAGUAUCAGUGAUGGAGGGAGAUUUUGUCACUCUAAACCCUGAUCUUACUCAAAUACAGGGAUUUAUUCUGAUACUAUGGAGGUUUGGAGAUCCAGUCAUUGCUCAAAUCAAUGGAAAAGAGACCUCUUAUCCCAGUCACACUGAGAUAUUCAGAGGCAGACUGCAGCUGGAUCAGACUGGAUUUCUCACAGUCAAGAACAUGAGAAUUAAACACUCUGGACUUUAUAAAAUAGAGGUCAUCCAAAGAGCUGGGACCUCAAAUAUGAAAUUCACAGUUACCGUCUAUGAGUCACCAUCUGCUGUUAAUGCUGGUGAAGCUGAAAUGAAGCUCAUGUCAGUGAAGGAGGGAGAUCCUGUCAUUCUUCAGACUGACAUUCCUCAACUAUACAGAGAUGAGCUGAUAGUGUGGAGGUUUGGCGAUGAAGGAAAACUCAUAGCUAAACAUGAUAUAGAGGCCAAGAGCUCACCAUUAUAUUAUGAAACUGAUGAGAGAUUCAGAGACAGACUGCAGCUGAAUCAUCAGACCGGAUCUCUGAUCAUCACAAACACCAGAACCACAGACUCUGGACACUAUAAAGUGAAAAUCAGCAGCAACAAACAGACCUUAUACCAGAAAUACAUUGUUACUGUCAGUGGUUCAGGUCUGUCUCCAGGUGUUGUUGUAGGGAUUGUUGUUGUUCUGGUGGCUGCAGCAGCUGCUGGUGUGAUUUCUUGUUGCCACAAGAUCGCUGAAAUACCGGAGACAGUGUCAGGGAUGGAGGGAGACGAUGUCAAACUAAACACUGGUGUUACUAAAAUACAGACAGGUGAUCUGAUAGAGUGGCAGUCUGGAAAUGAAGACUCUCUCAUAGCGCAAAUCAAAGGAGAGACCAGUGAGAUCACAACAUAUGAUGAUGUUCUUCAUGGGAUAUUCAGAGACAGACUGAAGCUGGACAAGAAGACUGGAUCUCUGACCAUCACAAACACCAGAAUUGAACACACUGGACCCUAUAAGUUACUGAUCAACAAUAAAUACAAGAGGACAUUUAUUGUUUAUAUCAGAGUGAAGUCACUGUCAGCGAAGGAGAAUGAUUCUGUCACUCUAGAGACUAAAACUGAAAUACAGACCGGUGAUGAGAUACGGUGGCUGUUUGGAUCUGAAGACACUCUUGUAGCUGAAAUCAAAGGAGAGAAGAGAGAGAUGACUACACAUGAUGAUCCUGAUGGGAGAUUCAGAGACAGACUGGAGCUGGUCGAGGCGAAUGGAUCGCUGACCAUCAAAAACAUCACAGCUGAUCAUGCUGGACUCUAUAAACUACUGAUCCUCAGUAGAGGCAGGACCUUGUGCAGUAAAUUCUUCGUUUAUGUCAAAGAGACCGACUGUAGCUGAAUCUUCAGACUGGAUCUCUGACCAUCGAGAACAUGAGAACCGAACACUGGACUUUAU